AUGAGUCGAGGCCGCACCCUUCGCGAUUGGGAUGCAGACGAGAGCCAUAAGCGGGUCGCUGUUAGCCGAAGGGGCUCCGACACUGACUAUGACAUUCGAGUUCCUCGAAGCUCUCAUGUCGAUGCUCAACCCGAGCCCAGCUACUAUGGCCCCAAUUUUGUCAACUCGGAGCAGGGUCGCUCUUCGUCGCUCGCUUAUGGGGAUAUCAGGGAGCCCAAGAUGCCCGAUCCAUGGAAGAAAGCCCCACAGCCUUACCCCGAAGGGAUGAAUGAUCAGUACCUCACCUACAAGGACUAUGGAGAUCAGUACUCAAAAGCCAACCGAGCGUUCAAGCUUGCAAACCCACUAGCUACUCCAGACAACCACCCGAAUAUCGUCGAAAAGGUUGAGAGAGGCUUGGCCUUGGCUGCGGAAGCGAGAACUGCAGCCAACUUGGAAGCGGCAGCCCGGUCUGGCUUUGAUCAUAAGUUUCCUUAUGCUUACGACAGCCUGGCGAAAAAGGCUUCACACAAAAAGCCAGUAAAGGAAAAACUUGAAGCAGCAAAGAAGAUCAGAAAAAAUGAGGGGAAGCUUCAUGGCAAGCUCCCUGCUGAUUAUUAUGAGAAGCAGCCUUGA